UCUCGCAAUCAGUACACAGUAUUCCGACAAGCCGAUCAGUUGAUUACGUUGAAAAAUGCUACUUUUGGUGCUAGUAGUAGCUCUUGUUACCGCAACCACCACCACCAUCACCUCGACUACUAAACCGGCGACAGUAUCCGCAGUGAAUUUGGCCACUAGCGAGCACUUGAAAACCCUGGAACCGAUUAAAACCGCCGAUUCAGCUCCAAUGGAAAUUGAAAUCGAAUCGCGAGCAAUUUUUAGUUCUCUGAUCCCGUGUCAUCCUGGCACGACUUACAAAGAUGGCAUGUGCCGUAAGGUUUUUCCCGAAACGUGAAUAUGAUCGAAUAGUGUGACAGUAAAUAUGUUUGAAUAUAACCUGUACGGUACGUUUCAAUGUAAGAGAAAAAAAAUGUCUGCUUAGAAAUGGCAGCCAAGGCAGAAAGGAAAGAAAGACUAUUUUUUGUGAUGACAUUAAAUGCUGAGAAGUCAUCUGAGCUUGUUUGCGUUAUUUUCUAUACUGGGCUACAUACUGUGAAAGCGAAAAUGAAACCACCAAGUAAGUUACAUCAGAGUUCAAACGGUAAUAACUGUUUAACCACUAGAUGCAAUCAUCUGAUGAUCGAAUAAAUUAGAAUAAAAUUAUUCUAUGAAACUUGUAUACCAACAACCGGCUCCCAAAUCUGCAAAGUAGUUUAAUCUUGUUCUCGGCUCGUAUACCAGUAGACGUCACAUUGUCUGCGGUACCUUAUUCCGAGAAAUAACUAAUAGACGUAGUUAGCAUUGUCGAGUUCACCAUUCACCGCGUUGUAUACCCCCAAAUGUCAAGGUUAAUCAAAAAGCGAUAAGAAUUGUCUCAUCCUGCUGUACUCCACAUGCAACGCAACGCUCUCAGUACGAAUCGCAAACUCAUCUCGAAAAUGUUGAAAACCAUCGUUCUUUUCCUUAUUUUUUCGUUCGAGUGCCAAGCGUCACCGCUGCAGUCAAACUACAGGAAAUACUUCCGUACCAGAAGCCCUGCCGCUCCCGGCGAGCUGCACGUCGAAGAAGUGCUGGAGGUGUUCAGAACACGCUCCCGUCCACCGCUCUAUGGAGUUUAUCACCCUCAAGUGAACAGUUUCCUCGCAAACGAUGGAUUCAUGCGCCAGAAAGGCGCUGCCAGCACAACCCCACGCCCUCAGCUGACCACGGGUAACGUUCCGCUGGAACGAAACCCGAGAACGACCUAUCCGACUCCCAGCGGAGACAACGUCAAUAUGGAUUAUACCUUCCCAUUCAAACCUUUCGUCACGAUUACGAAGUACCCGAGCUAUGCUCGUCCAACGACGACCAUCAUCAUUCAGGAGGCAACCUACGAGUGGACGACCGAAAAACCUAAAACAAAGCAAGAGGAGGAAACCGGUGGAACCGGGGUUACCGACGGGGACGAUGAUGAUGACGACUAUCACUAUUCGGAUGAGGAUUAUGACUUCUGAAAGAUACAAACGCUGUUUGUAUAUGUCCAUCCUUUUAUUGAGUUUAUAACUGUAAUAUAUACUCGUAAUAAUUCCAAAGA